CAAAGUAUAAAUGAGGCCAGAGAAAGAGCUCUCCCUCUCCCCGGCGCAGGCGUCGUGGCAGGACCUGGAACCAUUUGUUGAGCUGUCUCCAUCCCUGCCCCAGUCCCAGUCCCAGUACCAGUGCCAGUCCUUGCCUCAGCCUGUUGUGGCUUUCACUUUCGCUUUCAUUUCGAAAAAAAGUAAAAGUGCGCAGUGUCCGCCUGCAGCCCUGGCAUGCCCUGCUCCGGGAGACUCAGUCGGGGAUCCAGAGUCAGGAAUUUCAGUUUCGCACGAGCACGCACCAGGAGCGGACGUGGCAGCUCCAGCGCUCCAUCUGUGGCCACCCCCUCAAAAACAAAUCAUCCUCAGGUCGCGGCCAAAGUGAAGCCAGAGGAAAAACGAAACCCCACAAAGCCGAAACCCCCAACAACACUCCAUCCAACCACAUACACAUCUCAUCCCAUCCCUAUCCUCGUCCAGUUUCAAGUAAACUUAAAAAGUUAACACAAAAAUAGAACAACACGCCCCAACCCACGCACCACUCCACCCACAAAAACAAACUUCCACACACCACAACCACCACCGCCAAGCAACCAGCCAACACCUACCCAACCCACAAGCACUCCCAUCCGUCAGUCCAUCCAGGCCCCAGUCCAGCAAACCAAAAGAGAAUCACCUUGAAAAGAACGCAGGGCAAAAGUGCAGGGUUCGCCGGAAAGUGGGCCACCAAAAUCAACAAGUCGUAAAUUAGCAGUUAAAAUUACAAAAAAAAGAAGAGCCGAGUAUCGAGACCCACUCCCAGGAAGUAGUAAAUCCAAGCUAGAAGCAUGGCGAGACGCAAGAACAAGCCGCGCCUCAUACCCGAGCAGGACAAGCGCAUCUGUCGUGCCAUUUGCCUUUGCCAGCUGACGAUGGUGCUCUCCUGCGUGUCCAUUGUCUAUCUCAGCGUGGCCAUCUAUUCGCCCUCCAUGAAAGCCUUCAAGUCCGGCUUCGAGCUGGAUCCAGUCAUGUGCCAGACCGUGGACCGUCAGAUGCCCAACAACUGCCCCUGGGCCUCGUGCGGCGAGUGGUGUCUGACCCGCACCAGUGGCUUCUGUCCACAGAUACACUCCGUGGUGCGACGAAAUGGCACGGACAUUCAGCUGAACAACUGCACGCGGGUGACCAACACCUCCUGUGCCAUGAUUGACAUGAGUCGCCUGAACAAAUUCAACUGCAACAAUGGCACCGCCUGCAACAACAUACGCGGCGUGUUCAACUGCUCCAAUGGUCACUGCAAGAACAUGUCGGAGUUCUUUUUGUGCCAUCACAAGGCGGAUGGACCAACGAUAAACUCUGCCAAGGACAACACCAAGCUGAAUGGUUUCUUCGAAUGCCAUGGCGUACACUGCACCAAGAUCAAGAAGCCCUUUGACUGUGAUCGUUACUGCUCCAAGAUAACCACAGCCAAUGUCAACACGCUCAUCAUGCAUGAGGAUAAUGUCAUUGCAGCGGAUUGUGAGAAUGCCGUGGCCUUCAAUCAGGCACGUGGCUCCGAGCACGGUGUACGCAUCGAUCCGGUGGAAAUUUGGAAAGAGGACGAUGGCAACCUGUUGACCAACUGCGCUACAGUCACUCGCGAGUCCGACAAUCGCAUUACUGCUACGGAUUGCCUGAAUGGCACUCUGCUAGAGCACGAUACGCUGCCAGCUCCCUUCAUGAACUUUACGCAGUUCUGGGCCAUCUAUGAGAACAGCACCCGGGCCGUGGAUCCCGAGCACCAGCGAUAUCUGCCGAAUCAGGCAAAUCUCACCAUUUACAACUGGAAGAAACUGUACAUCAACCUCGAGGGCUGCGUCAAUACGCUGCGGGGCGAGUGCAAGGACUUUGUGGCUCGCUAUGGCAACGAUGGGGACAACAACACCGCCCAGUCACGCUAUCAAUGUUAUUACAACAAGGAUGCGAAUGUGGAGUUUGUGGUGGCACGCUAUGAUCUGGAUAAGGUGUACAGGGAGCUGGUGGUCUCGCUGAUUGUGCCCAUUGUGCUGUUUGUGAUCUCCUCCAUUUCCCUCUGCAUCAUCACAAAGUCCGUCAAGGUGGGCGACGAUGCCAAGAUGCGCUGCGUCUGUGCCGGCGAUGAGUCGGAAGAUGAUGUAUUCGGAGCGGGGCCAGCGGGCAAGCAACCCGAACAAAUGUACGACACAGAUGACGAUGUGGUGGACUUGGAGCACCAGGCAGUGGGCGGCCAGGAGCUGGAGGACAUUGUUGGUCUGCCGCUGGACAGCCACGAAAUGAUUGGCAGCACCAAGUCCCUGAUACCCCUGAGUCCCACUGGGGACUCCAACACGAGUGAGCAGCACUUUGAUGAGGACCAAGAGAAGGCGGCCAAGUGCGAUGUGCCCGAGAAGCCGCUGGUUAUCCUCUAAUGGGAGAACUCGUUGUGAAUUGGGUCCAUGCUUGAUCCGUAUAGAAAACAGCACCAAAACUUUAUGUGGGAACUGAAGAUUCGAUUAGAUUCUAUUCGGGGCAUUUAUACAACGUUUAUAGGAAAUCCUAAACAGAACAGAACCUUGGCUUUUCUUGGAUACAUAUAGAUACAUAUAUAUUAUAGUGGAAACGCACACAAUGUACUUGUACUUAUACUACAUAGAACCGCGAACCGAUCGAAGGAACAAGAGCUUUAUUUACCUGACAACACUCCCACAACACACCACAACACACUGAGGAAAACCCCAAAGCUCGCAGUUGGUUCUGGUGCCUUAAGAGUUGCAUUUAAAAGACACAAAAUGGAAUUUACAUUUACCCACCAAACCCAACAUCAGCUGAAGCACCAAAAAAGGAACCAAGAACUAGGAACUCGAACUAGGAACUUGAACCUAUGUAGGAACUAGGAACCAUGAACUGUAGAAAUAGUAGCUCCAAUUUGCGAGCCGAACUGUGUUUACUUUAUGACAAAGCCAGAACAGACCAAGAAGGAAAAUCUUCUCUAGACUUUUCGUUAAACUAGUUUCGAUCUUUUUUGAUUGCCUAUACACACUGGGGAGUAACUAUACUCGUAGAUACAUAGACCUUAUUAUAUAUAUAUAUAGCAAAUAAAAAGCAAUUUGAAAUCCUCUCAACAAAUGUCAACAACUCUUACCUUGAGCUCCUCCUGGCGGCGGAAGGAAUCAGCCAUCAUCUGGCGACGCAUCUGCUCGGAAAUGACAGCCUCGCGUCCCGGCGGACCCUCGCCCAACUGAUUCAGCUUGACCACCACCUGGCAAGUAGAUUGCUGCAGAUCAUGGAUCAAUGUAUCAGGCUAGAACUCACCUUGGUCUUGUCAUUGUUGCCCAAGUAAUCUUUGAGCAGUUUGCCCAUAAAAAUCUGACGACCAGCGAACCAGAGC